AUGUCAUCUAGGUUCUCUGCCGCGCGCCCGAAGCGCGCUGGCGAGGCAUUCGCCCGUACCCAUCAUGGCGAGCGAGAAGAAGCCGAUGGUGGGCCGUCUUCCAAAAAAGUCAAGUUCGACGUGCGCAACCCUUCCGCGCUCGCCCCCGAUGCCCGCGAGGAUGACGACGUGCUAGACGCAGACGUGAUUGGCGUAGGGAGCGGCGCAGCGACCAAGCGCGGUGCCGUCAACAUCGAUGGCUAUGACAGCGACUCCGACAACGAGGCAUUCUACGCGCGCGCGGAGGCGCGCAAGGGCCAAGGGAAGAAGGGUAAGGCCGGGGGCGAUGAGGAUGUGAAUGUUGAUCUCGCCGAACAAUUAGACAAUUACGAUAAGAACCUCAAGUCAGGCGGACAGAAUGGUGCGGCAGUGGCAGUGGCAGAAGACGAAGACGAUGACAUGUUCGCCGAUCCGCACGAUGCCGAGGCUGAGAACGGAGACCCUGCCGCGCCGGACACCACCUCAAGAGGGAAGAAAGGAAAAGAAGUGCACUUCAUGGAUGCUGAUGACAUUGAGGGUCAGGAAGCAAACAGCAAGGGCGGCGGUCAUGUCCACAUCAACGACGAGGUUAGCAGCGAUGACGAAGAGGACGUGGAACUUGCCAUACAAGAAGAAGGGCUGGACGAGGAAAUCGGUGCAGGCGGCCUCAAGCGUAAUGCACCGAAGAUAGACGCCUUCAAUAUGAAACAGGAGCAAGAAGAGGGUGGGUUUGAUGAGGCAGGAAACUUCAUCAGAAAAGCUGUCGAUCCAGACGCCGUCCACGACAGGUGGCUCGAGGGCGUCAGCAAAAAGGAGAUGAGGAAGGCUGCCGCCGCCCAUGAGAAGCGCGAGGCAGAGUUGAGACAACAACGGAAAGAAGACGACAGCAUCAUUACAGCAGACCUAUUGAAAGCAUUAGUACUACGGCUUGAAAAGGGCGAGACCGCCCUCGAAGCCCUAGCCAGACUUGGAAAAGGCCAAACAAAGCCCAAAAAGGUUCCAAAAUGGAAGCUGAAAAAGCAAAAGAAUGGUGCCGAUGCCAUGGAUGUGGAUAAGGAGAAAGAGACAGAAGACCCUGAGCAGGUCAGAAUCAAGGAGGCCAUCAAUGCAAUCACAGAGGCGGCAGAUAAACUGCUUGGACGAGACUACCCGGAAAUAUACGAUACCGAAAGGGAAUUGCUCAUACGGGAGCAUCAAAACGAAACCGGGGAGCGUUGGGUAGAGCCUCCCAAGUCUGAGGUCCCUAUUGACGCCACCCCAGCGGCCAAAAUGUGGGAAUUCCGUUGGAUAGAUGGCCGAGACGACGCUGCACUGCAAGGACCCUACGAUGGUCCAACAAUGGAUGCAUGGCAGAAAGCAGGCUAUUUCACGGAGGGCGUCGAGUUUCGGCCAGCUGGCGAUGAAGCGGGCUGGACGAGGGUUGCAGACUUUGUGUAA